CUCUCUCUCUCUCUCAUGCGCGUGCGACUGAGAAAAAAACCGCCGGCGUCAAACAGAUGGGAAAACAUCCGCGCGCUUCACGACCGUUACCGCGCAGAGGUUAAUCGUCAAAACUCAACGACACCAAACUUCGGUCCGUCCAAAAGACUUCUGGACCGAGGACUUAAGGACAUUCGACGCCUGAUACGACUUAUAAAGGCAGGGUGGGCCAUGCCAUUCAGCUGUUUAAAACCUGGUGAAAAGAAGGACUACAGCAGUCCUACAGAAAUCACAGACAAAUAUGAUCUGGGGCAGAUUGUUAAAUCGGAGGAGUUCUGUGAGAUCUUCAGGGCAAAGGAUAAGAACACGCUGAAAAUGUACACCUGCAAAAAAUUCCUCAAAAAAGAUGGAAGGAAAGUGCGGAAGGCUGCGAAGAAUGAGAUUCUUAUCCUGAAGAUGGUGAAACACCCUAAUAUCCUCCAGCUGGUGGAUGUCUAUGAGACGAGGAAAGAGUACUACCUCUUCCUUGAGCUAGCUACAGGUCGAGAGGUGUUUGACUGGAUAUUAGAUCAAGGCUAUUACUCUGAGAGAGACACCAGCAAUGUGAUCAGACAGGUGAUGGAAGCUGUGGCGUACCUACAUAGCCAGAAGAUUGUUCACAGGAACCUAAAGCUUGAGAAUCUUGUGUACUACAACCGACUGAAACAUUCGAAAAUAGUCAUCAGUGAUUUCCAUCUGGCAAAAUUAGAAAAUGGACUCAUCAAGGAGCCCUGCGGAACCCCAGAGUAUCUGGCCCCAGAAGUUGUUGGGAGACAGAGAUACGGGCGGCCUGUGGACUGCUGGGCUCUCGGUGUGAUCAUGUACAUACUGCUUUCUGGAAAUCCUCCAUUCUAUGAUGAAAUGGAUGAAGAUGAUUAUGAAAAUCAUGACAAGAACCUCUUCCGGAAGAUUCUGGCUGGAGACUACGAGUUUGACUCUCCAUACUGGGAUGACAUUUCAGAAUCCGCUAAAAAUCUAGUGUCGCGUCUUAUGGAGGUAGACCAGGACCAGAGACUAACUGCUCAAGAAGCCAUCAGCCAUGAAUGGAUUUCAGGAAAUGCAGCAUCAGACAAGAACAUAAAAGAAAACGUCUGCGCCCAAAUCGAGAAGAACUUUGCAAAAGCAAAGUGGAAGAAAGCCGUACGAGUCACGACCAUGAUGAAGCGUCUGAGGGCACCAGAGCAUCAGACAACAACAGCGACCGUACCGGGUGCGAACCCUGCUGCAGGGACCCAGGAAAACCCUCAGGCUCCACCGGAGGCCUCCGCGGCCGCAUCGAAUAUAGCUGCAAGUGCAGAGCCGCCCGGUGCUGGAGCUCUUUGCACCAACCCAGAAGCGGCAAAAGAUGCCACAGCUUCCGAACAGCAAGAUCCCACAUCGCGAUGCAACGGAGACACUUCAUCCACCCUGCCGUCAGCCACAGACACCAGUGAAGAACCAAGCGGUUAAGCGCGCUACCUCUCACACUUUUUGACCCUGUUUUGAUCCUGCACACUGUACAUAAGCAGCUAGCAUGCUAAUUCGGAAUCCGCAGCACAUCACACACUCUUUUAAGAGUUGGGGACAUCAUGUUUUUUACUGAUCCACAAAGGUGUGACUCGCGUUGAAGGCUUUGACCACUUUGCUAAUCUUGCUUAAAAAGAAAAAAGCUGUUUUAUGCUUACAUUAAGCCAGGAUUGGAAAUUUUAGCACAGAUCUGCUUAUAUGUUUCAGAAAAGAUUAUCAUAGCAGACAUUUAUAAAAUUCAUUUUCUAAACGUUACGUAUUUCAUACCAUUUUUGGUGGCCAAAAUAUUGCUGUAUCCCUCCUAAUCUGUGUACCACCUGUCUUUCACCAGCCAGGUGAUGUCACCAAUGGCCUCAAAACCACAUUUCAUUUCUUGUCAGAUGUUUUUCAAGUGUAAAGUUUCUGUAAAUAGCUUACUAUCCUUUGUAGAUUAGACAACGCCAAGACCAGCAUGCUUUUUCAAAUCUAGCUUUUCGAAAGCCAUGCACACGUACAGUACAUCUAGCUUUGCCUUUACGCGGACAUGUCAUGGCUUGAUCAAACACACUGUUGAUUUAUAUGUAAAAUACUUCUGCAGCAUUCUGAAGCAACAAAGGCGACCACAUUUAUCUUGUAAAACUGAUGGUUAAGACAUGUGGCCCAAUAAAUGGAGCAGCAGAGUAGGUAAAUGUACCAAAUACCUCGAAACUGCUUGGUAGCUUUAGCCACAUGAUGUGUUCAUAUAAUGUAUUAUAAAGCCAUUGGCACACAUUGUACAUGUUUUAGAUAAUAUAACGGUCCAUUGUAAAGUAUAUAGUAAUGUUCGUUUAGCUGGUUUUCAUACCUGCACUGUCAGAAAUAAAUGGUCAAAAAAUGGUCCCACAUUGUCACAGGGGCAGUACCCUUUAAAAAGCUCCUAUAUAUACCAUUUUGGUACAGAUAUGUUUACAUUUGUUAAACAAUAUGUAUCUUUGAGGUACUCAUUUUAAUUUAGAACUUUUAAAGGGAGCCAACUCAGAAACCUCUAGGGACAAAUUUUUAACCAUUUAUUUCCUGACAGGUGUUUUUAGGUAUAAAUGUACUUAAAAAACAGAGGUCAUUUGUUGGUUGUAAUAUUUACUAAUAGUCAUAUAAUUUCUUCUCUUUAACCUUCCUUUAAUAAGCCAUGAUGCGUUUAAAUAUAUUUUCAGAUAUAUUGCAAAUUAUUCAUUAUUUAUCACACACUUUAUUACAGGUAAACCUUGUUUGACUGUAAUAAUUUGAUUUUCCCUCAGAACAGCUAACACCCCUUUUCUCACCUUAAAAAAUAGUUAAAAAUAUUUAGGAAUAUAUGAUGAGUUUGGUUCCAAAACGCGAUAAACGCCAUUUAAAAAAAAUUGUUACUGCCAAAAUCAGUAUUGUAUCAGGUCAGUAUUAAAAAGGAAAUUCUUAAUUUUACGCAAAAUCCGAUAUCCGCCGUGUUAUUCUGUCAUCUUUUCUCCCUUUUUCCCCAAACGCCAGUCCUCCUUUUCUGCAGAAUGCAAUAAAUCCACUCAACAAAUCACAGCGCACCAUUCCACGCACUGUACAACACUGGCGGUGCGUUGAACACACACAGAAUCCUAGUUUUUCUCAUUUACUUUGUACUUCGUGAUCAAACGAAACAAAACAAAAUAAUACUUUGAUGGCAUUGAUAAACCUGUGGUGGUUUUCUGUGGUGGGGAAGAAACCUAAGCCAUCAAAAUCUAAUAAUUUACGCGAGAGGCACUCGGGCGAACAAAAAAUGCCGGCUGUUGCUUGUUCUAAAAUGACAGCAUCAAGCUUCUGUCAUGCUAACACAUUGACCCCAGGGGAUCUUAUGAAAAACUUUUUAUUAUUUUAUUCGAAGCCAACGAAAAUCGAGCAGGACCAAAACAUUUUACAGCCGAUCGCUGUCAAAAAUUACAGCGACGACGUCCAAAGGAUGACAGCAACAAUGACAGUGUUAUUAAUAUGAAAAAGUAAGUGUUUUGAAUAAUGCCAUUAAUUUUUAUUUUUUAAUCAGUGUAUACCACUAGUCAACUAAAUGAAUAUAACAUGGCAAAAAUGAAUGCACAUUUAUAUAUUCAUUCAAUAGAUUUUUAGCAUUUUGAAAAAAAAAACGUUGAUUUAUUGCAUUUUGUGAAAAAAAUCAGUUUUUAUAAGAAAUCUUUGAAAAUCAAAUUAUGGAUUUGAAUUUUUAUGUUAUUAUAACCUAAAGAUGCUAUGCUUGUAACAAAAAAUAUUGGUUUUCAUCUUGUCACUUUCUUGGUAUAGAAAACAUGUUUUUACCGAAAUUAGUCAAAAUGGAUUUAUUACGUUUUGGAACCAAACUCUUCAUAUAUUUCUCUUUAUUGUUUUUUUUUAAACAUCGUAUGCAGAUAUACACAUCCACUGGUGUGUAUGAUAAAUAAGAAGGCAUUUAUACUCUAACUCAGUGAAUCUCAAACUUUUUGUAUUGAAAUUAUGAAAUUAAGAUAAAUUAAUGUAUUGUGUAAAAUGUCAUAAAACGGAAUCUUGGGGCCCGGGGGGGCCAUGCCCCCCCCCCAAUUUGAGAGCCACUGCUCUAACCAAUGUAACCCUGAUAACUAAACUUGGCACCACUUUAAAAUAAUAUUGUAUUUGUUAACAUUAGUUUAUGUAUUAGCUAUCGUGAACUAAUAAUGAACAAUACUUUUACAGUAUUUAUUCAUUUUAGUUCAUUUCAGCAUUUACUUGUAAGUGUUGACAUUAGUUAAAGCCAAUGAACUUAAAUAAACAAGUGUAUUGGUGUUACCUAACAUUAACAACAAUUAAUAAAUGCUGAAAAGCUAUAUUGCUCAUAACAAAUACAACCUUUUGUAAAAUGUUACCCUAGACAUUAACAACUCUAAUCAGUAAUGAUCCAACUUUAAUACAUCUCAGAUUCCUAUAAUCUUAAUACGUAAUACCACAUUACAUAACCUAAUACAUGUAACCUUACCUCAAGCCUAUUUAGCUUACUAAAUUACUUUUUACCUCUAAGGUACGUCAGUUCCAUCAAUAACCAACAUCUUUGGUUACAAACUAAUAUACUGAUAUAAAUAUAUAGCUUGAAUACACUGUAAGUUUAAAACCGUAAGGUUAAAAAGCAUCUGCGAAGUGCAUAAAUGAAAAUAAACCUUUUUCACUUUUUACUCUUAUACAGAUGUUUUAUGUAUCAUUUACUGUAAGAUAAUACUGCUGUAAACAUAUCUGUUACUCACAAUGGUCAUUUAUUUACCAUUAUUAGUAAGGGUGACCAUACAGUAUGUGCCAAUUUUCCGGCCAGGAUUUCGGGUGCAUCCUCAAAGUUGCAUUUGUUGACCGCAUACAUCAACAAAUCACUGCAUAUUUCAGAAAAGCAACCGUUACAUUUCAUUGUAAGAAUGUUAAUUUUAUAAUGUUUUUAACUGAAAUGUGAGAACCUCGAUGACGUAUGCGGCCGACAAAUGUGACUUCCGAAGGACGCACCCGAAAUCCUGGCCAGGACGUGUCCGGGAAAAUUGCCACGGGUCACCCUAUUACUAGUUUAUUCAUUUAAGAAAUGUUGUAAAACUCAUUUGUGACCCUGUCUGUGAAAUCCUGACUAAAGUCUUAUCUAAUUUUGAGAUUAGGAGCAUCAAAGUUUGAUUUCACUUACCUAUAUAUGGGUUUUCACAGACCGGAUCACAUUCUGGUCAGAAUUUAUAUUUAUAUGCGAAAAGGUUACAGUGUUUUUGUUAUGAAAUGACAGGUAAUGUCAGGAGCGUGAAGAAACGGUCGCCCUCUUCAUGAGCAAUAGUCUACAACUGCGAUACUGUGAUGCGGUUUUCAAUGUGUCAGUGUGUCCGUGUGAACACACAACCUCUGAUUGGUGUGUCCUCUGUUAAAGUGGCCCACUGGCAAGAUGUCACGAGGAAGGGCGUGAUUGGUUUAGGCCUUGUCUUUUAUUAGUUAGCACACAAAUCCCUAAAUAAUAAUAAGACUCUGUAGGGGUACAAAUUAUGCCAGUUUGCUGUAAACAGCCACUCGUCGAAAUGAUUUGAUGUAGCCUGUCAUAUACGUGAAGAUAAAACAAUAAUGACAUGAGAGGUUUUUCUCCAGUGGCCAACAACAGUUUGUAAUUGUUGUGCAGUGGCUUCAUGCUGUCGUUUCAGAAUGAUGAAGACCUUGAUAUGCAAUUAUGCUCUGUCAGUGGUCUAUUGAUUUCAAGAUGAUACGGGUUGUGUUUGUGCCGUCACAGGUUCCUGCUAAAGUCGGCUUUGAUACAGUAUCUUUAAGAUCUUUGGAUGUGUCAUGUCAUUUUGUAUUUUGCUUUCUAUCUAUCCUAUAAAACAUUCCUUUGCUCAAAUCCGUCUCGCGCUUUUGAGACUUAUGAGAUGUUAUUUGUUAUUCUGUCUUUGCUUUUAUAUCAAACUACUAAAGGCUAAAAGUACGACCUAAAAUAAAAAGAGUGACAAGCAAUGUUAUAUGUAAGGUCUGAAGAAAUUCUUUUUUAGCAUUCAUGUAUACUUAAACCGCAACUAGAUACUGUGUACCACAAUUUAAAGCAAUUUUUUAAUAGUGCUUCACAAUUGCCUUUGGUGUUCGAUGUCUGUUGAUUUUCUCCUAUUUUCUCUGAUAUGUAGUUGACUGUGAACCUGUGAAUACAUUGAGGUCUGGCCUCCUUCCACCUCAACCUCUGUAUUCUUUAACUCUGACUGUCAUGCUUUUAAGGGAAAUAAACGAAAUGAUCAUCUA